AUGACACCCCCUUAUUAUAAACCCCCAAAAUUAAAUCCAUAUAGCCGUUACACCAAGUCCAUUCCUACGCCGCCGCCGCCACCGAAACUAAUCUCCGACGAGGUGGCCGAAAGCCCGACUAUCCCGUUCAAAUCCGACACGCUGUCUUGCAACGUCAUUAGCAAUUGGGCCGUGCUGAAACUCGUUGUGGGCUUCACCCUAGGCACGACCGGGACUUCCCGAUCGCCCAACAACAUUUGGGCCACGGCCCGCAUCGCGGGCCGGGCCUCCGGGUCCGGGCUCGAGCACGCCAGCCCGAUCAUCAAAACCCGUCCCAUCUCCUCCCCGUCGAAAUCCCCACCGAGCCUCCGAUCGGCGGCCGCCACCAAAUUCCCAUCCCUAUGCAAACCCCACACCCAAUCGACCAAAUUCCCGCCCUUGAGCUCCUUAUCGAUGGGCCGGCGCCCGGUGGCAACCUCGAGCACGACAGCUCCGUAA